GGCAAACCUUCAUCUUCUUCUGCAACACUCUUUCUUCUUCUUUCUUGUAGCUUCUCAACCCAUUACUCAUUCCGAAUUUUCGUUAGGCCUUGAAAUUCCCGAACUAACUGGUGACAACUAUAAGGUUUGGAGAGAAAGAGUUCUCCUACACUUAGGUUGCAUGGACAUUGAUUAUGCUAUUAGGAAGGAUGAACCGCCCGCCAUUAAUGCACAAAGUACUCCGGCUGAAAUUGCGCUAUAUGAGCGAUGGGAGAGAUCCAAUCGGCUCAGCGUAAUGUUUAUAAAAACUAAAAUUUCAGCUGGAAUUCGUGGCUCGGUUGAUCAGCAUAAGAAUGUCAAUGACUUGCUUAAGGCUAUUGAUGAUCAAUUUGUCACUUCGGAAAAGGCCUUAGCAAGUACCUUAAUCAUGAAAUUCUCCUCACUCCGUCUCACAACCGUUAAGGGUGUGCGAGAGCACAUCAUGAAGAUGCGGGACAUAGCGGCUCAAUUGCAAAAUUUGGAGGUAACAAUGUCGGAGGCGUUCUUGGUGCACUUCAUUCUGAAUACCCUUCCUCACCACUAUGGGCCAUUUAAAAUCUCUUAUAACACACAUAAGGAUAAGUGGUCAAUUAAUGAACUAAUGACCAUGUGUGUGCAAGAAGAAGAAAGGCUCAUAAUGGAGUUGGGUGAAAGUGUCAUGCUAGCUACAACCUUAGCCAAGAACAAAUUUGACAAGUCUCGUACAACCACCUCUAAAGCUAAGGGUAAAGGUAAAAUACCACCCAAGGCUGACAUUAAGAAGGUACAUAAGUGUUAUUUCUAUAAAAAGAAAGGACACAUGAAGAAAGAUUGUGCCAAGUUCAAGAAGUGGUUGGAGAAUAAAGGGUAUGCAGAAUCUAAGGAAGUCAGUGGGAAGUGAGCAAAGCAUCUUAUCCGGAAACAAGAUGGGCUCACAUGUGGAAGCCAUUGGAACAUGCACCUUAAUUUUAAGUAGUGGCUUUGUUUUAACUUUGGAAAAGACUUUUUAUGUACCAAGUUUUUCACGAAACUUGAUUUCAAUUUCAAGACUAGUACCAUUCGGUUUUUCCUUCAAUUUCAAGAAUAAAGUUAUUGAUUUAUU